AAUCAACAAAAUAAACAAAGACGGAAGAAAAUUUCUGCCGGAAUAUAAUAAUAUUUACACCGUAUAGUCAGUCUUCAAAGCGAAGAUAGAAAUAGUGUCAGGUUUUAGUAAUGGCGAAGAAGCGGGAACGAGAGAUCCCUGAACUGAAAAUUGCUGAUCCUGUGUCAACUAGUCAUGGCCUUGUUGCAGUUUGUGGAAUUGGUAACAAACUAAUGGUUUAUGGUGGCGCCAGCAAAGCAUGCAAUGAUGCAGAUCACAUAAACCAGAAUCUACAUGCUGGUGGUGGCUUACACGAAGUGAAAUGGGAGAAAGAAAUGGAGGCACCAAUUAUGCGGCGUCUCGUAAAUGAGUCCCACAAUAUAUUUGUGUCUUUGCAACAACAAGCUGAGAAGUUGUCCGAUACCGAGUUAAAAGACUACUUAAUAAAAGCCAGUCGUCAUUAUCGUUCUGUUGUGAAGGGUUGUUGCUGGACUUUACAAUAUGAAUCUGAAAAGAUUAUCGAUGAUGAGAUGAAGGCCCACUUUGAAGAUCAACAACAAAUAUUCCAUCUGAUUGAAUUGAUUUGGAGUCUGUGUGAAAUUCUUUACAUUGACACCAUGCCAGGUGCUGCCCCAAUACGCCAGCUACGAGGAUGGAUCAGGUGGCACUUCACAGAAGGGAACCAGUUGGCUACAGAAAUAAUACAGAAUGAAAAACCUGAGAACCAUCCACGCUUCUGGGAAGCUAUUUACCGUUUAUUACUCCAGGGAAGUGUUGAUGAAGCUCGACAAUUGUUUUUGCUUCAUCCAUCCUGUCACAUCGAUAGCUUCACCAGUUUAGAAGAACUAAUGCGUAAAAUGCCUCAGUUAGCUUGGCGAGACGAAUGCAGCAGACGUUUGAAGAGUGGAGAUUUCAUCGCUAACGAACAUUUAGAAAACAUGGCUAAAAUUUUAUGUGGAGAAGAAACAGUUUUCCACCAAAUGAAAGACUAUUGUGAAACGUGGUUCCAUAUGUUGGUAUCCAAACUAUUUUACCAAAAUCCUGUUGUAAAGACCAUGGAAUUGCAACAUUAUAUACAGCCUUGCAUCGACAUGUAUCGAGGAGACAACCGAAUGGCUCAGUUGGACAAUAUUCUUAUUGCUUUGUUUGAAUUUGACAUUAGCCAAAUGAUUCGCAGCUGCUGCACUUACCUUGACAAUUGGUGGUUCACGGCGCACCUUGCUGAUCUUCUGACUCACAGUGGUUUCCUGGCACCACAGAAAUUACCGCAAGGCUUGAGUAUGAGAGAAUAUUUACUCCUGGAUUAUGCUUCCAGUUUGAUGUCUCACAAAAGUUUAUGGCCCAUUGGUAUUCACUAUUUUGACUUCUGUCCUGAGUUAGGCAGAGAAUACUUGGAACUUUACUUAGAACGUAUCCCACUCGAUACUGAGAAGAAAGUCUUGAAAUUGUUGAAUAUUUGUGAAACGAGAGGCUUACAGGAACAUGCUAAAUCUAUUUGCAAAGUAAUGGGUAAAAAAUGCCUCAAGACAAAGCGAGUUGGACAAGCCCUCAGUUGGUUCCUCAAGUCAAAGGAUAGCUCAUACGCUGCUUUACUCUCAGAAAAAAUCCUCGCAGAAUAUUGUGAAACUGGACAAUUCUCCCAUCUGGAUCUUCUGGAAAACCUCGGUACAUCGAUGUUUUUGAGCAGUAAAUUAACUUUUCUAGGUCAGUACCGUGAAUUCCAUAAACUCUAUGAGGAAGGAGAAAUCCAGGAAGCUGCUAAUCUCUUGGUGUCUUUGAUCGGUGCAAGGCUGGCUCCAAAGGUUUUCUGGAUCACUCUCCUCUGUGAUGCUUUACCACUCUUAGAGUCUCAAGAAAUGCUUAUCAACAGUCAGCAAACCUAUGAACUGAUGCAUUGUGUUGAGGAAUUAACGAAAGAAAUCAGUCUUAUUGGAGACGACAAUCAAAAGAAAAUGCUGGAAGUUGAGAAGACCAAACUUUACAACAUCCGUUUUGCUCUCAUUCGGAAUUUAGACCGAUCCAUUAUUCUUGAGGGUAGUGUUAAACUAUCCUAACUGUAAAACAAAACAUUUGGAAAAUUCUUAUUCAAAGCCAUUACAUUGUAAAUUAUCGUCAAACUGUUUAUCCAUUUAAUCAUGUUGCAAAAUAAAGCUUUAUAUUAUAAUA